GUCAUUCUAACUCUCCGUUCCACCUUAAACAGCGCGGUCGCUGCGCUACAGAGCCGGGGGCGCCAGAAUGCGCGCCGCGCGGUUUAAGGUGGAGCGCGGAGUUGUGAGGCGAGCGUGGCGGAGAGGAAGCUGACGGAGCGCCGCGGAGCAGAUGAAGGAGAUGUUAUGGCGGAUGUGGAGACAGAAUCCAUGAAGAACUACCAGAUCGCCGAGGAGAAGAUCGACCCGAACUCGAGCCGGUACCCCUACUGCAUCGUCUGGACUCCGAUCCCCGUUUUAUCAUGGCUGUUUCCAUUCAUCGGACACAUGGGGAUCUGCACGUCUUCAGGGGUGAUUCGAGACUUCGCUGGACCGUACUUCGUAUCGGAGGACAACAUGGCUUUUGGAAGACCAACAAAGUACUGGAUGCUGGACGUGAGUAAAGUGUACGCCAGCGGCUCCAACGCCUGGGACACGGCGGUUCACGAUGCCUCAGAGGAGUAUAAACACAGAAUGCACAACCUCUGCUGUGACAACUGUCACUCUCAUGUCGCUAUGGCGCUGAACUUGAUGCGCUACGACAACAGCACCUCGUGGAACAUGGUGAACCUCUGUCUGCUCGCGCUCAUCCACGGAAAACAUGUCAGCUGCGCUGGCUUUCUGAAGACCUGGCUGCCGUUUCUGAUCCUGACCGCUGUGGUGGUCUCUCUGGCUCUGUAUGUGAACCUGCGGUGACCCAGCAGGAGCAGACUGUGACGGGGGGGCAGACCCCUACAUCCUGACGGAGAUCUAGGUCUCCAUGAGGUGGGACUCCAAUGACUGCCUGCUGGACCUUCUGGACGGAGGAUGACGACAAACCUCGUCCAAUCGUAGAGGAGCCCGAGAGGGAACCCUAACGCUCAGCGUGUUUGUGGUAGAAUAGAGAACCUGCCGCAGGUUCCUCGUCACUUGGUGACGUAAAACUCUAAACUCGUCUUCCGACGUUCUGCUUCGGUGCUGCUUUACGGUUCUGUUUGCUAAUUAGAUUAUUAUUGUGCCGUAAUAUCGGUGCACAGCAUCUAAUUUCUUUACCUCUGCGAUUGAGAUCAGACUAAUAAUCUCUGCACAUUCAGAUUAUUGUUUUUAUUAUUUUCUGAUUAAAUGAAGCAAAAACUUGAUCUGAUACUUUAAUCUUAUUCAGGUUCAGCGCUGCAGUUUGUUUGCGUCUCAGCAUGCGUUCAAGUGCAUUAAUAAUAAUUAUAUAUUAGAAUGUUAGAGUUGAUUCGCUCUUUAUGAUAUUAACAGUUAAGUGGCGCCUCUUUUGCUUUAGAUUUAAAUAAUCUGUACUCAAAUACCAGCGUACUUUUCAUUUUGGACGCUUCGGUUCUUAUUAAAUUUUCAUUUUGCUUACAUUCAGAGCCCCGUUUCUAUGGCGACCGAUCAUUCUCACAACCAGACCUUAAGUUAUGCAGAUAAGCAGUAUUCAUUUAAUUGAUUGAUCAGAUGGAGCUCUUCAUACGGUACAGCAAAAACAGAAAUGACUCAUUUUUCUAUUGUUAAGUUUUUAAUAUGUCUCUCCACACGUCUCUGUCUCAUUACUGUCUCGUUUACUGUUUUCCUUUUUAUAUUCAGAAAUAAAGGAGUUUGAAUCACUUUUAA